AUGAGCCUGUCGUCCGAGGAGGCCCUGCCGGUGGCGCGUUGGCUGCGCGCUGCCGAGAUUCAGGAUGCCGACGAACAGGCCCUCGUGCAGGCCCUCGUGGAGGCGCGGCUGCUGGUGGCCGACAGCGACGGCGCCGUGGCCGGCUACCGGGUGGUCCACGAAUCCCUGCUGCGGCAGUGGCCGCGCGUGGUCGACCUCGUGGCGCAGUUGCGCGCGCAUCUGGCCGCCCGGCAUGAGCUGGCGCCGUGGGUGCAGCGCUGGAUCGAGGCAGAGCAGGCGAGCGCUCUGUUGCUGCCGCAGGGCGCGCUGCUGUUGCGGGCCAGCAAGUCGGUGGCCGAUGCGCCCCGCCUGUUCACCGACGAGGAGCAGCUGUUCGUCGCCCGCGCCAACCAGCGCAUCCGUCGGCAGGGGCGGCUGCGCUGGGCGGGUGUGGUGGGUGUCGCAGGACUGGCCGUGUUGGCGGCCAGCGUGGCCGUGCGCAAUGCGGAUCUGGCGGAGAUCUCCGCCGCACGGGAACUCCAGAGCCGCCGCUUGGUGACGUUCAUGCUGGGCGACCUCGUCGAUCAGUUGCGCCCCAUCGGCAAGCUCGAUCUGCUGGCCCGCAUCGGUGAGCAGGGCGUGGCCCUGCUGAGUACCGAGGGGCUCCCUCCCGAGUCGCCGACGGAUGCGCUGCAGCGUGCCAAGGCCCUGGUCGUGAUCGGCGAGGUGAACAGCAGCCGGGGCAAGGGGCGCGUGGAGGUCGCGGUCGCGGCGCUGGAGCAGGCGCGUCGGCUGCUCCAGCCGCUGGCCGGGCCCGCCGACUACUACGGGACGCUGGGCGCUGCCGAGUUCUGGCUCGGGCAGAUUGCCUUCGAUGCAGGCGACGUGGACGCUGCCAGUGCCGCCAUGAAUCGCUACCGCGAAGCCUGCGAACGCUGGCGCCGCGAGACCCCCCAGGACGCGACCGCCACGGCGGAGCUGGGCUUCGCGCUCAACAGCCUGGGCUCCAUCGCGAUGCGCCGGGGCGCCUGGCAGGAGGCGCGGCAGUGGAUCGAGCAGUCGUUGGCGCUCAAGCUCGCCGCGCUGGCGGCUCAGCCGCAGGACGUGGACCUGCAGGACGCCGUGGCGAGUUCGCGCGCCUGGCUGGGCCAGCUUGCCUACGUGCGGGGUGACGUGCGGGAGGCGUCGACGCAGAUCGAGGCGGCGCGCGUCAUCCAGGAGGCGCUGCUGGCGCGUCGCGCGGGCGAGGCGGUGCGCCUGCACGACUUCGGCGUCCUGCAUGUGAGGCAGGCCGAAGUGCGGCACGGCCAGGGCCGGUAUCUGCUGGCGAUCCAGUCGCUGCAGUCGGCCGUGGACCUGCUCGGCAAGGCACUGGCUCACGAACCGGGCAACGUCUACUGGGCGUCCGAGAUUCGUCACGCAGAAACGGCCUUGUUGAUGGCCCGGCUGGAUGCCGGUCAGCCCAUCGAAGCGCAGGCCGAGGCACUGAAGGCACGCAUGCUGAGCGAGCCGAGCGGCAGCGCCUUGUCACGCGAGAAGAAAGGCCACACGGACAUUCAGUCCUGCCUGUAUUUCACGUGGACCGGCAUUCAAGUCGGUCCCGACGAAUUGCAAAGCAAUGCGCAAGGGUUCGACUCGGCCUUUGUCUGCCUGCGCCAGACGAGUUUGGACGACCUGCGGGAGGUGGGCGCCAUGCUGCCGGACGACACGGUGGCCGUGCAGGACCUGAGCCUCUUCGGCGCCGUGGCGAAGACGCGCGAUCAGAGUUUUCAGAUGCCGACGAUGUUCAACGCGGUCGAGAAGGACGGUUUCAAGACGCUGGUCCUGCCCGUGUUCGCGGGCAGCCGCCGCAGCGUCAUUCUGGUGUUCGCGGACCCGAACGGACGCCUGAUCGCGACCUCGGACCCCGAGAUCAAGAACUCCACCGGCGGCUGA